AUGAACGAAGAAGAUGUCACGAUUUCGAUUAUUCGAAUGGAGAAACUUUUGGCCGGAAUUUCUAGUAAGCUAAAGGAAUUGAUGGAAAAACGUGAUAUUGAAACUUCGCCGUUACUUCAAGAAAUCAUUGAUCUCAUUGAGCUUUUCAAAAAGUUUGUCAAAUCUCGGAUGAAAAGGACUUCUGAAGCAGAACGUAUGCAUGUUAUCAAUAUGCACGAGUGCCGAACAAAAAUACCGGAAAACUUGUCGGAACUUGAAGUUUUGCAGAAAAUAUUUGACGAACAAAACUCGAAUUUCGAAAUUUUUCUAAAAGAUAUUGUUGUUUGCGUAAAUGAUGAGGAAGAAAUAAUAAAAAACAUUCGACAAACAUCAGAAGUAGAAAUACCAAGAGAAAUAGAAGAAUCAAUGCGACAAAUGGUAAUUGUAGGAGAACAAGAAGAAACGCGAAGAAAGUCAUUGGAAUCUGAAAUAGAUUCGGCAAAACGCAGAUUAUAUGAUAUAAUGGAAUUUAAUGUGGUAGCCGAAAAGAAACUUUUCGACAUAUGUGCUGAAGUCGAGCAGAAAUACGUAGAUCUCCUUGCUAAAUAUGAUCGUGAUAUUGGCGCAUUUCACGCUUUGACAGAGAAAUUAUCCAAGGACAAGGAAGAUAUUAAAGCAGAAACGAAUCAUAUGGAAGAUCAAUUGAAAGUACAACGAAUAUUAUACAUUCGAUUCAAAAAACAACGAGAAAUCGCGCUGAUGAUAGCCUUUACAAAGAAACUAGACUUCUUUAGGCAAAAUCGUGCCGCCAAAGUUAUUCAAAGAGCAUGGAGGGCAUAUUACGAGCGUAUCUCUUUAAGAAAACGAAGAAAAACGAGGAAAAAAUAAUCGACUUCAUUAAUCUGCUUUAUAUAUCUUGCUUUCGCGAUAAGAAACGAGUAUGGUGCGGAAAAUAAUAUUUUUUUCAUAUUAAAUGCACAAUCUAGUAUAAAAAUUGGACGAAAGGAAAAAAUCAACGUUU